AUGAGCUUUCGAGGGAAAGUGUUUAGGAGAGAGCACAGUGAACUUUGGAAGAAGAGGAGGACGAUAAGGCGAAUAAACCGAGGAGAAAUCCACAGGUUGAGUUGUCAAGAGAAACCCAAACUUCUGGAACCCUUGGAUUAUGAAACUGUCAUUGCAGAGAUUGAGAAGAACAUUGAAAAUGACCAUCUCAAAGACCUCAUCUUGUUCCCUGAUGAUGACUUUUCUAUAGCUACAGUUCCCUGGAUAACAAGAACACUGUACUCUUCAGUUCCAGAAGAUGCGGAACAAAAAGCAGAACAUUUAUUUGUAAAAGAGGCUUGUAAAUAUUACAGUUCUCAAUGGCAUACUGUGGACUAUAAAUACGAACACUACUCAGGAGAUUUUAGGCAUUUACCACGACAUGAGCACAGACCAGAGAAACUGCCUUCACAUUCCUUUGAAAUUGAUCAUGAGGAUGUUGAUAAGGAUGAAGACACAACAUCCCACUCGUCUUCAAAAGGAGGUGGUGGAGGAGGAGGGACCGGGGUUUUCAAGUCUGGCUGGCUUUACAAAGGGAAUUUUAACAGCACAGUAAACAACAGUAUUACAGUUCGGUCAUUCAAAAAGCGCUACUUCCAGCUGACACAAUUGUCAGACAACUCAUACAUAAUGAACUUCUACAAAGAUGAAAAGAUAUCAAAGGAACCCAAAGGCUGCAUCUUUUUGGAUUCUUGUACUGGAGUUGUGCAGAAUAGCCGACUUCGGAAACAUGCCUUUGAACUGAAGAUGAAUGACUUGACGUACUUUGUGCUGGCAGCUGAAAAUGAACAAGAUAUGGAUGACUGGAUUUUUACUCUCAACAAGAUCCUGCAGAUAAAUCCAGAAGGGUCAGUUCAAGAGAGGAAGAGUGCAGAUGUCACGGAUCUGAAAUUUGAUUCUGAAGAUAUGCCAGAGAAUUAUGAUUGCCCUCAAGAAGAAAUUGAUUCUUCAGAAAACAGUUUGCAUCCAGAUUUUUCUAAAUACCUCACAGAAACAGAAGAGACUGUUGGAGCUUUUCGAAACAUGGAGCGACUAAAUCUGUUCUCCCUAGAUCCUGAUAUUACUGCCGUGAAUCCUCAGAAAAAAGAUACCACGGGACCAGAAUCAUUGCUCAAACCUUUUGAGGAGAAAGAUGCAAAGCAAGUCAUGAUAAUGUGCAAAUCCCUUAAUCUGAAUCUUCAAGCAUGCAUUACUGAUAAUGAAAAUGAUCCAGUUACCAAUAUUGAGCCUUUCUUUGUGACCAUGGCUCUUUUUGAUACAAGGGAAAAUAGAAAGAUCUCUGCUGAUUUCCAUGUGGAUCUAAACCAUACCCUUGUUAGACAGAUGAUGUCAGGUUCUUCACCUUUGAUAGAAAAUGGUACAGUUGAGAACAUUGGUGCCAAAGAGGAUGAACCACAGGUUAAAGGGUUUCCAGAAGAAUGGCUGAAAUACCCAAAACAGGCAGUUUUCUCCAUAAGUAACCCCCAUUCUGAAAUCGUUUUGGUGGCAAAAAUUGAGAAAGUGCUGAUGGGAAAUAUUGCCUCCAGCGCAGAACCUUACAUAAGGAACCCAGACUCUAAUAAGUGGGCUCAGAAAGCAUUAAAAUCUAACAAGCAGUUCUGCAGCAGAUUGGGGAAAUAUCGGAUGCCCUUUGCCUGGUCUGUAAGGCCAGUCUUUAAGGAUAAUCAGGGAAACAUUGACAGAGAUUCCCGGUUCUCGCCUUUGUUUAGGCAAGAAAGUAGUAAAAUUUCAACAGAUGACUUAUUGAAGUUAAUAACAGAAUACAGAAGAGCAGAGAAGAUUAAUAAAAUACAGAUCAUCCCUGGCAGUUUAGACAUUGCUGUUGAUUGUGUACCUUUGGAGCACCCAAAUUGUGUAACAUCAUCGUUUAUUCCCAUAAAACCAUUUAAUGAUACUAAGGAACAUCAACCAACAGUAGAAGUGGAAGAAUUUGUCCAGGAGUCUACAAAAUACUCCCAGAUUUAUCGAGUGUAUAAGAACCAAAUGUAUAUAUAUCCCAAACAUCUGAAAUAUGAUAACCAAAAAUGCUUCAACAAGGCCCGGAAUAUAACGGUCUGUAUUGAAUUUAAAAGUUCAGAUGAAGAAGGAGCCAAGCCAGUGAAGUGUAUAUAUGGGAAGCCUGGUGGACCACUGUUUACAUCAGCAGCAUGCACAGCUGUACUGCAUCAUUCACAGAACCCUGAUUUCUAUGAUGAGGUGAAAAUUGAGCUUCCUAGUCAACUCCACAAGAAGCACCACAUUCUGUUUUCAUUUUACCAUGUCACCUGUGACAUAAAUGCAAAAGCUAAUGCCAAAAGGAAAGAGGCUCUUGAAACAUCAGUGGGAUAUGCUUGGCUACCAUUACUGAAAGAUGACCAGCUAGUGUCUCAAGAACAUAACAUCCCAGUGGCAACCAGCCUGCCUCCUAGUUAUUUAAGCCUUCAAGAUACUGCAACCGGAAAGCAAAGUGGAAGUGACAUUAAAUGGGUCGAUGGAGGGAAACCACUUUUCAAAGUGUCUUCAUUUGUUGUAUCAACAGUUUAUACUCAGGAUCCGUAUCUGAAUAGAUUUUUCCAGCAGUGCCAAAAAAGAAACAGGGAUCUCUCCCAACCACCUACCUCAAGCUUUAUCAUCUCCUGUAAGAAUUUGUUAAAAAUUGAGAAGAUCCAUGUAAUCGUAAAUUUUCUGCCCGUGAUCCUGAACCAGCUCUUCUGGGUUCUUGUCCAGAAUAAAGAGGAUGAUGUUACAACUGCUGUGACCAGGGUACUUACUGAUAUUGUUGCCAAGUUCCAUGAAGAGCUGUUGGACCACUUCAUCAAUUCCUAUGUAAAGUAUGUGUUCAGAACAAAGUCAUUUGAAGAAAGGACUGUGCAUGAGGAGCUAGCCAAGAAUAUGACUGGUCUUUUGAAGACAAAUGAUCAAAGAACAGUGAAACAUGUUUUAAAGCAUUCCUGGUUCUUUUUUGCAAUCAUCUUAAAAUCAAUGGCACAGCACUUGGUUGAUACAAAACGAGUACAGCUUCUUCGCAACCAGCGGUUUCCAGAAUCAUUCCAAAAUGAGCUGGACACGCUCAUUAUGGUCUUAUCGGAUCAUGUUGUUUGGAAACACGGAGAUGCUCUUGAAGAGACAAAGAAUGCAAACCACAGUGUUGGCAGGUUUCUGAAGCAAUGUUUCACAUUCAUGGAUCGUGGAUUUGUCUUCAAGUUGAUCAAUAGCUACAUAAGUAUGUUUGGACCAGGUGACCACAAGAUUUUGUUCCAAUAUAAAUUUGACUUUCUUCAAGAAGUAUGUAACCAUGAACACUUCAUUGCUCUGUGCCUACCUAUGAGAUCUGCAAACAUUCCAGACCCAAUAACACCAUCAGAAACAACACAGCAGUUUCAUGCAUCAGAUGUUCCAGAAUACACAGUGACAAAUGAGUUUUGCCGGAAGCAUUUCUUAAUUGGAUUACUGCUUCGGGAGGUUGGGUUUGCGCUCCAGGAGGACCAGGAUAUUAGGCACAUGGCCUUGGCAGUUCUCAAAAAUCUCAUGGCAAAACAUUCAUUUGAUGAUCGAUAUGCAGAGCACGAGAAACAGGCACAGCUAGCAAACCUCUAUAUGCCUCUCUAUGGCAUGCUUUUGGACAACAUGCCAAGAAUCUAUAUGAAGGACAUGUUUCUUUUCAAUAUAAAUACGUCCAAUCAGGGAUCCAGGGAUGAUUUGAGCACCACUGGAGGACUGCAGAGUCAGGCAGGAAUGAAGCAUGCAAACUCUGUAGAUACCUCUUUUUCCAAAGAUGUUCUUAACUCUAUAGCAGCCUUUUCAUCAGUAGCUAUUUCUGCAGCAAACCAUGCUGACUCCAGAGGCUCCUUAGCAAGUCUCGACUCUAAUCCAAGCACCAACGAAAAAGUCAGUGAGGGAACUGAAACCUGUGAAAAGAUUGUGAGACCCUUGUCUCUGAUCGGGUCAGCGCUUCGCUUCGACAAGUUGGAUCAGGCUGAGACAAGAAGUCUCUUGAUGUGUUUCCUUCAUAUUAUGAAAACCAUUUCAGAGGAUACGCUGAUCUCCUAUUGGCAGAGAGCCCCAUUCACAGAGAUAACAGAUUUUUUCAACAUUUUAGAGGUUUGCCUUCAGAAUUUCAGGUAUCUAGGAAAACGAAAUAUAGUGAGGAAAAUUGCUGCUGCGUUUAAGUUUGUUCAAAGCUCCCAGAAUAAUGGAACUCUGAAAGGCUCCAACUCAUCCUGUCAGACAUCAGGGCUUCUGCCCCACUGGAUUCAUUCUGCUUCCAGCAGUGAAAGUCACAAACAUCACAGAUCUCAAACUUUACCAAUAAUCCGAGGCAAAAAUCCAUUUUCCAACCCUAAACUCCUGCAAAUGAUAGACAGCACGAUUGCAAGUGGUUCUAAUGAAACAGAUAUUGUGCAGUAUGUAGAUACUGAAGCCAACAUUGCCACGGAAGUUUGUCUCACCAUUCUUGACCUACUGUGUCUUUUCACUCAACACCACCAGAAGCAAUUGCAGCAAUCUGAUUGCCAGAAUACACUGAUGAAAAAAGUCUUUGAUACCUACCUGCUGUUUUUGCAAAUCAAUCACUCUGCAGCAGCACUCAAACACGUCUUCGCUGCUCUAAGGUUGUUUGUGAGCAAGUUCCCUUCAGCAUUCUUUCAAGGGCAAGCUGACUUAUGUGGGUCAUUCUGCUACGAGAUUCUCAAGUGCUGCAAUCACAGGUCACGGUCAACUCAGAUGGAAGCCUCUGCUUUGCUUUAUUUCUUCAUGAGAAAGAACUUUGAAUUUAAUAAGCAGAAAUCAAUUGUCAGGUCCCAUUUACAGCUCAUCAAAGCUGUAAGUCAGCUGAUCGCAGAUGCAGGGAUUGGAGGUUCUAGGUUCCAGCAUUCCCUGGCUAUUACAAAUAACUUUGCUAAUGGAGACAAGCAAAUGAAAAACAGUAACUUCCCAGCAGAAGUGAAAGACUUGACCAAACGCAUUAGGACGGUCUUAAUGGCUACUGCUCAGAUGAAAGAGCACGAGAAGGACCCUGAGAUGCUAGUGGAUUUACAAUACAGUCUGGCAAAUUCAUAUGCCAGUACACCUGAAUUGCGUAGGACCUGGUUGGAGAGCAUGGCCAAGAUUCAUGCUAGAAAUGGAGACCUAUCGGAGGCUGCUAUGUGCUAUAUCCAUAUAGCUGCCCUUAUUGCUGAGUACCUGAAAAGAAAAGGUUACUGGAAAAUGGAAAAGAUUUGUACUUCUCGUAUGCUCCUGGAAGAUGCUCAACUCUCUGAUAGUAAUGUCUUACUAACAACUUACACUGGAGGAAGCUUAUUUUCUAUGGGAUGGCCAGCCUUCCUCAAUAUAACACCAAAUAUUAAAGAAGAAGGUGCAAUGAAAGAAGACUCUGGGAUGCAGGACACGCCAUACAAUGAGAACAUCCUUGUGGAGCAGCUGGAAUUAUGCGUUGACUACCUGUGGAAGUCUGAGAGAUAUGAACUCAUUGCUGAAGUUAACAAGCCAAUCAUUGCAGUAUUUGAGAAGCAGAGAGAUUUCAAGAGGCUAUCAGAGCUGUACUAUGAUAUCCAUAGAUCAUAUCUGAAAGUGGCGGAAGUAGUGAAUUCUGAGAAGCGCUUGUUUGGACGAUACUACCGUGUGGCGUUUUAUGGGCAGGGCUUCUUUGAAGAGGAGGAGGGAAAGGAAUACAUCUACAAAGAGCCCAAAUUAACAGGCUUGUCUGAGAUUUCCCAGAGAUUACUUAAGCUUUAUGCAGAUAAGUUUGGAGCAGACAAUGUGAAGAUAAUUCAAGACUCCAACAAGGUUAAUCCCAAAGAUUUAGAUCCGAAGUAUGCCUAUAUCCAGGUGACAUAUGUCACACCUUUCUUUGAAGAGAAGGAAGCAGAAGAGCGGAAGACGGACUUUGAAAUGCAUCAUAACAUCAACCGCUUUGUGUUUGAAACCCCAUUCACGCUGUCAGGAAAGAAGCAUGGAGGGGUAGAAGAGCAGUGCAAGAGACGAACCGUCCUAACAACCAGCCAUUUAUUUCCUUACGUGAAGAAAAGAAUACAAGUCAUAAGCCAAGUGAGCACAGAACUGAAUCCCAUCGAAGUUGCUAUUGAUGAGAUGUCUAAAAAGAUUUCCGAACUCAAUCAGCUUUGCACGAUGGAAGAAGUGGAUAUGAUUAGGCUCCAGCUGAAACUGCAAGGAAGUGUCAGUGUCAAGGUAAAUGCUGGACCAAUGGCAUAUGCUCGAGCUUUUCUUGAAGAAACAAAUGCCAAGAAAUAUCCAGAUAACCAAGUUAAACUUCUGAAGGAAAUCUUCAGGCAGUUUGCAGAAGCCUGCGGACAAGCCCUUGAAGUCAACGAACGCCUUAUUAAAGAGGACCAGUUAGAAUAUCAAGAAGAAAUGAAAUCUCAUUACAAGGAUAUGCUCAAUGAACUCUCUGAAGUUAUGAAUGAACAGAUCAUGUACAAGGAGGAUUUUGCAAAGCAGCAAGGAGUGGAACAAUCUUAUUCCCAUGCAAUCAGUAAAACAAUCACAGCCCCACCAGGAGUGCCAGGAGGAUCCUCCAAUACUGACAUCUGAUGCAUGGCCUUGACUCGGAAUAGACCAGGAGAGAACGUUGAGAAGAUUUUGGAUGAGAAUGUGUGUGUGGGGGGGGAAUUAUGAAGAAUUCAGUGAAAACAAAAUGCGAUACAUUGUUUUAAUUUAUUGAACAUUUUCAGUGUUAAUUUUUUUAAUUGCCAGUUUGAUAUUUUUUUAAUGUUAUUGCCUUUUCUGGUAUUUGCACAUUUCCUAUGGUUUUUGUUACGGCUCAGUCUUUAUUAAACUAGACUGAACCUGAAAUUUUCAUUGGAUGUUUAGUUUCAUGGCAAGCCUUACGUUUGCUGUAAAUGGUAACAUAAUCUAAUCUGAGUCCUAGUAUACAUAUAUUUUAAAGGUCAAAAGUGGAUGUUUUAUAACAUUUAAGUAUAUUGCUAUUGUAAAUAGAAGAUGUGUAAAAUAUGUCAUUUUUACAAAAAAAUUUAGUUAAUAAUUGACAUUAUUAAAAUGUGGAUAACA